AUGCAGCUCUCUUGCAUCAUCACCUUCCUUCUGGCGGCAUGCGCCAUAGCUGCUCCUAUCGGCCGACCAGUCUACAAGCGUGGAGGCUUCGACAUCGUGCUCAAUCAACGAGAUGAGCCAGCUCCAAUUGCCCUCCUCGAAACCCGCAAAAACGACGAUCUGGACUCAUGCAAGAACCCUCAUCCAUUGACAGAGGAAAACAAAUUCGGAUCUUGCACCAUAGAAAAACGAGGUCGCUACUCGAAGAGUUUCGGACAACGAUCAGUCACCAAAGAAGUCGUCAAACGUAAUGCUUUCCGCAGCCGAGAAGAUAACAUGAAGCGUGAUGCUUUGGCUAAGCAAGCAAAUAACAAGAAGCGUGAUGCUCUCGCCAAACAAGCCUCGAAGAAGAAGCGCGAAUCCGUCGACAUAGGUAAUCCGUUCAACACUCCAGAGACUAUGAAGCGCAAUGCUCGCGCAAAUGUCAUGAAAAGCUUCGCACGCGGGUCUGAGGUCGAUCGAUCUGUUCAUCGUCGAGAUGCUUCUAGGCGCAGCGUUAAGGACUUUCGGGCUUUGAAGAGGAGCAAUAUGAAUGGACACUUUGUUGUUUGA